CUGACGACCCCCCUAUUCCAAGAGCUCAAAUAACCAACUCAAUCAGCAAAAUGGUUUCAGAAUUAUGUCCUGUCUAUGCCCCAUUUUUUGGCUCUAUGGGCUGCGUCAGCGCAAUUGUCUUCACCUGCUUCGGUGCUGCCUAUGGAACCGCUAAGUCCGGCGUUGGCGUUUGCUCGAUGGCUGUCUUGCGACCCGACUUAGUUGUAAAAAACAUAGUUCCGGUCGUGAUGGCUGGUAUCAUCGGGAUCUACGGCUUAGUCGUUGCCGUUCUUGUCGCAAAUGAUCUGAAGCAGACUCUCGCCUUAUAUACAGGCUUGAUGCAGUUGUGUACGGGUCUCUCCGUCGGCCUUACCGGCUUAGCAUCUGGUUUCGCGAUUGGCGUCGUUGGUGAUGCCGGAGUUCGUGGAACGGCUCAGCAGCCAAGACUGUAUGUCGGCAUGAUUCUGAUACUCAUCUUCGCUGAAGUUCUUGGCCUGUACGGUCUAAUCGUCGCUCUUCUUAUGAACUCGCAAGCGAAACAAGGUGUCAUGCCAUGCAAAUGAAAGUUCUUUGUCACGGACAUGGCAUCGGAAAUAGUGAACUUUUGUGUCCGUACAUACAUACGUACUUAUAGAGAGAGUCUAUAUGUAUAGUGAACUGGACCCUUCGUCUGUCUCCCCAAAAAUUUUCUUUUGGGUUGGCAUCUGCACAUACAUAAUACAAACCUAUCUAGGUAGCUAUAGGUACCAUAUUUCCUCUGCCAGAU